UAAACAUGUGUUACAUACUUGCAGCAUUCAUGCGUUUAUAUUGAACAUUCCAUCUUUACCAACGUGUUAUUGACGAAAUCUUCCUACAAGUGUUCGGUUGUGUGAUCAGAUUUCUCCAGUUGUGGUCGUUAUUAUAAUAUAAAUCAAGGUAAACGAGCAAAACGAACACAUCUAAUAAAAUGUUGAUGUCAGUUGCAGUUAUGUUGUUUAUAAGCCUGUUGAAAGGGGAUUUAGUUAAUGGAUGUCCUUCGUCUUGCUCAUGUUAUGAUACAAUAGUUGAUUGUUCCCGAAGGAAUUUUGAUGAAAUACCGCAUACAGAUAUUUCUUCAACUACAACAAUUUUAUAUUUAAACGGAAACAAGUUAGUUACUUUACCGGAAGGUCUGUUUUCUAGCAACACAAAUCUUGAAAGAUUAGAUUUAGACACUAACACGUUGGUAACUUUACCAGAAGGUCUGUUUUCUAACAACACUAAACUUAAAACAUUAUAUUUAGGCCAGAACAAGUUAGUUACUUUACCAGAAGGUCUGUUUUCUAGCAACACAAAUCUGGAAGAAUUAUAUUUAUACGAAAACAAGUUAGUAACUUUACCUGAAGGUCUGUUUUCUAGCAACACAAAACUUGAAAGAUUAGAUUUAUACACUAACACGUUGGUAACUUUACCAGAAGGUCUGUUUUCUAACAACACUAAACUUAAAACAUUAUAUUUAGGCCAGAACAAGUUAGUUACUUUACCAGAAGGUCUGUUUUUUAGCAACACAAAUCUGGAAGAAUUGUAUAUGAGGAGAAACCAAUUCAAUUGCUGCCUCAUGAUUGAUUUUAAAGAAUGGGCAUCAAAUCAAACAAACCUUGUUUACCGAGGAACAUGUACUGGUUUAAAUACCACCAUAGAUAUUCUCGAUUUUAACAUGACAGGCUGCAUAAUUCCAGGAUGGAGCCUUUGGUUCAACUCUUCAUGUUCUGUUACUUGUGGAGAUGGUGUCAUAAUGAAAACCAGAACAUGUGACAAUCCCCCACCGUCUGACGAUGGACUGAAAUGUGUUGGUUCCAGAACUGAAACAUCACUUUGCAACUUAGAAAAAUGUCCAGAAUCAUGCCGUCACUCAAAGAAAGGAUCUAACAACAAAUCAGUAGAUAAUUUGGACAAUAAACCAGGAAAAAAACUGCGUAAAUUGAAAGCCAUGAACCAAAAAAGAAUGGACAAGUUUAAUUGGAAAUAAUGAAAAAAAGUGGAUCGAUUUCAUUCUUAUUUAAAACUGAGGGACAAUUCUAACAUGGUCUGAAUUUUAUUAUCAUUAUUGUGGGAAAAGUCAUUCUUUGCUUUCGUUUGAAAUUUUAACUUUUGAUAUCUUAGAUACAAUCUGUGUGGUUUAUUUUCUCUCGAGUGCAAACUUACUAAGUCUUACUUGUAUGUUGUAAUCUUGAAUUCAGUUAUUCGGUUAUGAAUUUUAUUGGACCACCUAUUGUAGCAUUGCAUCUGUUUAUUAAUGAUAUGUAUGACAUUAAAUUUGUAAAAGUGUGUGAGAAUAAACGUUUUGUUAUAUCGUUUGAUGAUAUUUUGUGGGAUAUACAUUAGCUACAUGUUACAUUUUUUUGGUGAUAUUUUGUGGGAAUAUUCAUUGGUAUUUUCAACUUGUAUUUGAAUAAUUGAUAUUAAUAAUGUGAUUUGUUUCUCAAUAAAUGCGGGUAUAUAAUUUAA